AUGAAUCGUGCACUCUCCAAAACUGUCUCAAAACGUUCAUCCACAGCUUUCAAUCUUCUAUCUGGAAUUUCUCUCGCUCAUUCAAGACUCGAUCAGCACCGCCCCGUGAUCAUUGCUCGUCUUCGGCUUGCAAGGAGAUGGAAGCAUACAGAACGACAUGCUACGCUCCUGUCUGACGCGCAGCGCAGCACGAUAUAUGCUUUGUCGACUCCCCCUGGCAAAGCAGGUGUUGCUGUCAUCCGGGUGUCCGGCCCCGAAACCGAGCUGGUUAGGACGCGUCUGCUUCCAAAGUCCGCCACCAAUCCACCUGAGCCCUGGCGGAUGGAACGGUGUCGCAUCCGGCACCCUGAGACCGGGGAGGUCCUCGACGACGGUUUAGCCGUCUUUUUCAAAGGUGAGCAACUAAACAUUCCUGAGAUGAACGAAUUAUUCAUCCCCGGAGCAGGCCCGAAGUCUUUCACGACGGAAGAUGUCCUCGAACUGCACAUACAUUCUGGACGGGCUGUCAUUUCUUCUGUACUCGGAGCUCUCUCCGCGCUACCGUUCUGUCGACCUGCGGAGCCCGGAGAAUUCACGCGACGCGCCUUUCGUGGAGGUCGAUUGGAUCUCACGCAGGUUGAAGGUCUAAAGGAUCUUAUUGAUGCCGAGACGGAUGGCCAGCGAAGGAUGGCACUGCGAGCGGCGGAGGGUGCCACACGGGUCCUUUUUGAGGAUAUCCGGCAGGAAAUCAUCGGUUGCCUUGCACACGUUGAAGCGUUGAUUGAUUUCGGAGAGGGCGAAGACAUCGAAGAAGGUGUAUAUGAACAAGCCCGGCAGCGGGCCGCAGUGCUCUUGGAACGUAUUCGGGCAUAUCUAAGAGACAGCCGGCGCGGUGAAAUCCUGCGCACAGGGCUGCAUCUCACCAUAUUCGGGCCGCCGAAUGCAGGCAAAAGCAGUUUACUGAAUUUCUUGGCCCAGCGUGAGGCGGCCAUUGUCACGCCUGUUCCCGGCACGACGCGCGACAUCCUACAACUAGCCAUCGAUAUCGGGGGUAUUCCUGUUAUCGUGUCUGACACGGCUGGGUUACGUCCGACGGACGACUUGGUGGAGCGAAUCGGGAUUGAACGAGCCCAGACUGCGUCGGUUCCAUUCUUGUUCUCGUGCCCUCGUUUGCUGACGUCGGCGAAGAAUUCGGUCAGCAGACAUCUCGCUUCCCUGAUUACGGAAGACACGCUAUUUCUCUAUAACAAAUUGGAUUUGCACCCAGAUGUAUCGGGACUCAAGCUGGGACCCAAGCAGUGGGCCGUCAGUCUGAGAACAGGACGAGGGACGGAAAAUUUCCUUGCUAGCUUUGCUCAAGCUAUACGCGAAAAAUAUAACGUGGAAGACGACAGUCAUGCACCGGUGAUCACACAUGCUCGACAUCGGACUCAUCUGGAGUCGGCGGCGAAUUUCAUUGAUGCCUUCCUGGAGACAUCUGUCAACGAUAUCGUGUUAGGUGCUGAGGAGCUGCGAUAUGCAGCGAAGGCUGUUGGGAAGAUCUCUGGCCAUAUUGAUGUCGAAGAUAUACUCGACGCGCUGUUCAGUGACUUUUGUAUAGGAAAAUAGUACAUUUGUAAAUCUCUAUCGACGAGCCCGUUUUCCUUGCUAGAAGUUCAUUAGUCGCGGAAGCAAUGCAGA